AUGACCCACCUGGAAUUUGUACCCAGGAACCCAGAGACGACAUCCACUAACCCGCAUCGUCUCCCAAAGCACCUCACUGCGUCCACACAGCAGCUCUCAAUUCAGUUUGACAUCUCUAGUCAGACACCAGGGAAGCUGGAGACUUUGGCUCUUCCGCUAUGUGGUAUUGAAAAGCCAGUUUGCAAACAUCAAGAAACAUUUGACUUGAAUGGGCUAUACAAAAAUGGAGACAUUGCAUUUGGUGGAAUAUUUGAAAUACAUUUUAAAGCAAUAUAUCCUGACUUGUCUUUCAGCUCUAAGCCAAAACAGCUGAGAUGUGAGAGCUUUGAUUUUGCAUCAUUUCAGUGGGCACAGACCAUGGCUUUUGCUAUUGAGGAAAUAAACAGAAACCCUGCUCUUCUCCCUAACAUCACACUGGGAUACAGGCUGUAUGAAAAUUGCGUGAACCUGGCAGUGGCUCUGAGAGCAGCAACAGCUCUGAUCAGCGGAGAGGAUGAUUCUGUCACUGACUACAGCUGUACAGGGACUCCCCCUGUCUUAGCCAUUGUUGGGGACCCUGGUUCUACACAUUCUAUUGCCAUAUCAAGAAUGCUGGGCCUCUUCCGUAUGCCUGUGGUCAGCUAUUAUGCUACUUGCUCUUGCCUGAGCAACAGAAAAGAGUUCCCUUCAUUCUUCAGGACAAUUCCAAGUGAUGCCUUUCAAGUCAAAGCCAUGGUUCAAAUCCUCAGGCAUUAUGGAUGGACCUGGGUUGGUGUCAUAGCAAGCAGUGAUGACUAUGGUCAGAGUGCUGUCAAGAGCUUUAUUGAGGAGGUAAACAAGUUUGGCUGUAUAGCUUUCUCAGAAACUCUCCCCAGUGUCAAUCCGAGAAUGAGAAUACAUCAGAUCAUCAACACCAUAAUCCAAUCAACAGCAAGAGUUAUUGUUGUCUUUUCAUCAGAAGCAUAUUUUAUUCCUGUUGCUGAAGAGAUUGUUCUCCAGAACAUCACUGACAGGCAGUGGAUUGCAAGUGAAGCCUGGACUACCUCAACUUUAUUGCUCAGAGAGGGAAACUUCCUCUCAUUUGGAGGAACAAUAGGAAUUGCGAUUCGCAAGGGAGAAAUUCCAGGGCUUAAACAAUUUCUCCUAAAACUUAAUCCUGUUGAUGACUCCAAUAAUAUUUUAAUUAAUGAAUUCUGGGAAAAAACGUUUGAUUGCAAAUUUCAAGUAAAAUCAAAUGACAGUUACACAGAGGUGCAAAGCAGUAACAUCUGCACAGGAUCAGAAAACAUUGAAAAAAGCAAAACUGCUUACAGUGAUGUGUCAGAACUGCGGGCUUCCUACAACGUGUAUAAAGCAGUGUACGCCUUGGCACACUCCCUGCACAACCUGAUGUCCUGUGAGCCUGGAAAAGGGCCCUUUCAAAAUAACUCCUGUGCAGACAUCACAACUGUGCAGCCCUGGCAGAUGCUACACUACCUGGCGAGAGUGAACUUCACUACUCACUAUGGAGACAGGGUGUCCUUCGAUGAGAACGGAGAUGCUCUUGCAAUCUAUGAUGUGAUGAACUGGCAGAGGGCCGAUGACGGGGCUGUGAAAACAGUAACAAUCGGUCUGUUUGAUGAAUCAGCUCCUGCUGGACAACAGCUCACUCUGAAUGAAGACAAAAUCUUCUGGAACAUGGAAUCCAAGAGACCUCCCAGGUCUGUGUGCAGUGAAAGCUGUCAGCCUGGCACCAGGAAGGCAACCAGGAAAGGGGAGCCCCUCUGCUGUUUCGACUGUGUGCCUUGUGCAGAGGGAGAG